CUCUUUUAUAAUGAAACAAAUACCAAACAAGAAGCCGCACCAAAUCAACCCCAAAAAGGCAAAGACUUGUGUCUGAGGAAGAGGAAAAGGAAGAGCCGGCAAAUGGAUGAUGGAAAUAUGAAUGGCAUGGGUGGGAUGUCACAACCAUCAACCAUGAAUAACCCGAUGGUGAUGUCACAAAUGACCUUCUUCUGGAGCAAAAACGCAUACAUACUCUUCUCUGGUUGGCCUGGAACAAGCACUGGCAUGUAUGUAUUAGCCUUGAUAUUUAUUUUUGUCCUCUCUAUCUUUGCUGAGUGGUUGUCUCAUUGCCAAUUGAUCAAACCUGGCCCGAAGCAUGUGGUGGUUGGUGUGGUUCAGACCAUUUUGCAUGCCUUAAGGGUUGGCCUGGAUUUUGUGAUUAUGUUAGCUGUCAUGUCUUUCAAUGGUGGUGUAUUUUUGGUUGCUGUGGCUGGGCAUACUGUGGGGUUCUUGUUGUUUGGUAGUAGGGUUUUCAAGGACUCUCAUGCUAUAAAAUUUCCUCAUGAUCCUCAUCCAUUGAGUUGUUAAUGGAAACAAAGACGCCUGUCAUUGCUCCCUUGGGUCUUUCUCGUUGUGUGUGCAUAUGUAUAGAUCUCCCUUUACGCUCUAAUGCAAUGAAACAAAAGGAAAAGCAAAAGGUAUUGUGCAUAUAUAUGUGAAUUGUUUGUCCAAAGCUGUA